CCCCCGCGGCGCGGGCGCUUCCGGGGACGUGUCUGAGGGCGAUGGCGGCCGGGGCGGGCGCGGCGCCGGCCGGGGAGGCGGACGAGCUCUUCGACCUCCGCAACAACUUCUACAUCGGCGCCUACCAGGCCGCCAUCAACGAGGCGCAGCGGGCCAAGCCGGGCAGCCCCGAGAGGGAGGUGGAGAGGGACGUGUUCCUGUUCCGGGCAUACCUCGCCCAGAGGAAGUUUGGCGUGGUGCUGGACGAGCUCAAGGGCAGCUGCAGCCCCGAGCUGCAGGCAGUCAGGAUGUUUGCUCAGUUCCUGGCCAGCGAGAGCCAGAGGGACUCCAUCGUGGCCGAGCUGGACAAGAAGAUGGCCAAGAGCGUGGAGGUGGCCAACUGCACCUUCCUGCUGAUGGCAGCCUCCAUCUACCUGCACGAGCAGAACCCCGAGGCUGCCCUGCGUGCCCUGCACCAGGGGGACAGCCUGGAGUGCUUGGCCAUGAUGGUCCAGAUCCUGCUGAAGCUCGACAGGCUCGACCUGGCCAGGAAGGAGCUGAAGAAAAUGCAGGAGCAGGAUGAGGACGCGACGCUGACCCAGCUGGCCACAGCCUGGGUGAACCUGGCCUUGGGCGGGGAGAAGCUGCAGGAUGCCUUCUACACGUUCCAGGAGCUGGCGGACAGGAGCUGCCCCUCGCUGCUGCUGCUCAACGGGCAGGCGGCCGCGGCCAUGGCGCAGGGCCGCUGGGAGCAGGCCGAGGGGCUGCUGCACGAGGCGCUGGACAAGGACAGUGGGCACCCUGAGACCCUGCUGAACCUGGUGGUGCUGUCCCAGCACCUGGGCAAGGCCCCGGAGGUCACCAAUCGUUACCUGUCCCAGCUGAAAGAUGCUCACAAAAGCCAUCCCUUCAUCAAGGAGUACCAGGCCAAGGAGAACGACUUUGACCGCCUGGCCCUGCAAUAUGCACCCAGUGCCUGAGCCUGGGGCAGGGAAAAUCCCCCCUGGAACCCAAAAAAAACCUACUGGAACCUAAAAAAAUCCCUCUGGGGCAGGGAAAAUCCCCCCUGGAACCCAAAAAAAACCUACUGGAACCUAAAAAAAUCCCUCUGGGGCAGGGAAAAUCCCCUCUGGAACCCGAAAAAUCCCCUCUGGAACCCAAAAAAAUCCCCUCUGGAACCCAAAAAAAUCCCUCUGGAACCCAAAAAAAUCCCUCUGGAACCCAAAAAAAUCCCUCUGGGACAGGGAAAAUCUCUCUGGAACCCAAAAAAUCCCUUUGGGGCAGGGAAAAUCCCCUCUGGAACCCAAAAAACUCUCUGGAACCCGAAAAAUCCCUUCUGGAACUCAAAAAAACCCC